AUGGAAUUUCGCCACCAGAGUCAAACCAACGAGCUUGAUCUCAGUAUGAAAAAAGCGUACCGAGAUAAGGUCAGCGAUGGAAAUAUUCUAGGUCUGGUACGGGUUGACAUUCGAGAUGGACAGCAACCAUGUGUGGACAAAUGUUACAACCAAUUUGUUGAAGAAUGGCAUGAGAAGACGCACGGAGGUUUCGAGGGCGUUUGCAACCAACUAGCGCACAUCGAGCCUAACACGGAAUUAUUGAAGCUGUAUUGCUGCGACUCGAUAAACUGUGGUGUCGCCACUGAGGUGAAGGGGCAGAGUCCCAGCGUCGACUUAAUAAUUAAUAAAUGUCAAAAUGUUGGCAACUACGUGAUUUAUGAUCCUGGGCCUCCUCAAUCUAACGGCUUCAACUGCACUACACUUACAAGUGAGCCAGGAGAGGCCAACCCUCCAACCCCGCAACCGAGUGACAGCCCAUCAGCAAUGAAGACCACCGUACCUAGCUCCUCACCCGCAGCAGCAGCUACAUCUCUAAGCUCUGAGCUCAACUCGACCGCGUCGGGGUUUGGCGCGGUGCCAAGCAAGCCGACUGGCCUCACGGAGGGCAGCAAGGCCGCGAUAGGGAUUUGCUCGAGCUUGGCGAUAAUCGCAAUCAUCUUCCUCGUUGGCUUCCUCAUCAGCCGCCGUCGAUCACGUCCUAAAAGCUUCGCGGGUAACGCCCCCCAAAGCGCUCCCCGUCUCAAUCGAUCCUCCUCUGAGCGCCCGAGCGGCUCUCACACGCCGCUAAUCACGCCGCCGCUCUCGGCUAAGGGGCCCCCGCUAACGCCGCCCGCUCGCCUGAGCGAUCGUAGGUUCUUGCCGCCGCUGCUUAAGCCCGGGCAAAGCGGCACGCCGAACUCAUCUCUAACCGGCGGAAUAGACGAGCGCGCAUACUUACCCGUAGCUCUAGGCUCUCCUGCAGAAAAACGACCGGCGCUCCGCCACGAGCGUCAGGCUACUCCAAACAGCACCGCUAGAUCUGCGGGCUCGCCCUCCCUCCCAACAGCCGUGCACUUCGCCCCGCAAUUCCUGCGUGAUAGCGGAAGCUCAUACGGCAGUAACAACGGCGGCGCAUCGAACAAAGUCAGCUCGACCCACACGCCUCCCUCAACCGCGCCCUUAUCCCCGACGCGACCCGCGCGCCCACAUAACGCUACCACACAUCUCGAGAUUCCGGACUUGGUCACCCCGGCCGGUCCACCUCCUAGUCGUGCUCUUCCCGCGCCUCCGCCGCCGUAUCAUCCCGUUUCUCCGACUUUCACGGUCUCGCCGUUAACGCCGGCUAGUUCUUCCGCGUUGCAGCUUAGACCCCCGGCUCUUGGUGAUGGCGCGCGCUCGUAUAGUAGUUCGCAGCUUGUAAAUGCGGAGAAUAGAGGGUAUCCGGCUGCGAAUGGCGGGUUGUCGUCGUCGGCGAAGGAUCUUUGUGAUUUGACGGAGUCGUAUGCGCGUGAGACGGCGGAGAGUUGGGGGAGCUGGAAUGGGGGUGGGGGGCCUGGGGUGGCGAUCGCGGCUGGGAGUGGGAGGAAAAGGGGGAGUGGGGGACGGGCGAGGGAGAAUGGGGGUGCUGGCGGUGAGAAGAAUGGGGAGCAUGAGUCUGUGGUUUCGUUGCAGGAGCUGGAUUUGGAGAGGUUGGGUGGGAAGUAUUGA